AUGGCUUCCCCAAAUGAUCAACCGAUCGAUUGCAAUACCGGAGAUGAAAUGUUAGAUCAAAAGAUUAAGGAAUGGCUACGUUAUGAUCAGAAUGUUAAAACCCGGACUGAAAUUUUAAAUUUACUGCAAGACAAACAGUAUGACGAAUUAAAAGGAAGAUUGAUGAAUAGAUUAAGUUUUGGAACCGCUGGUCUAAGAGCUAAAAUGGGCGCAGGCUAUAAUCGUUUAAAUGACUUAACAAUUAUUCAGAGCACGCAGGGGUUCUGCCGAUAUUUACAGCAAAGCUUUCCUGAAAUUAAGGAAGGUGGUGUUGUAAUUGGUUUCGAUGCACGAUAUAAUAGUCACCGGUUUGCUCAAUUAACUGCUGGAAUAUUCCGUCAUCAAGGGAUACGUACUUACCUUUUUUCAAAGAUAGUUCCUACACCUUUCGUUGCCUUUGGAGUUCGUUAUUUGAAGUGUUGUGCGGGAAUCAUGAUUACUGCAUCUCAUAAUCCGAAGGAAGACAAUGGUUACAAGGUUUAUUGGAACAACGGUGCUCAAAUUAUUCCACCACAUGAUGUCAAUAUAAAAAAUUUAAUUACUAAUAAUAUGGAACCGUGGGCUGAUUCAUGGGAUACCGAAAUUGUUAAUUCAGCUAUCGAUCCAUAUGACGAAAUAUAUCAGGAAUACUUUUCUAUAAUCAAGAAGCGAUUUCAUUACGGAGCAAAUGCUACAUCGGAAAGUAAAAUAGGAAUUGUUUAUAGUGCUAUGCAUGGCGUUGGUUGUAAAUUUUCAAAAGAGUCAUUCCGAGCAUUUUCUCUUCCUGACUUUCAUGAAGUAAAAGAACAGUGCGAACCGGAUCCGGAAUUUCCAACAGUUAAAUACCCCAAUCCUGAAGAAGGACGAGGUGCAUUGGAAUUAUCAAUAAAAACCGCCAAAGAAAAGAACUGUACUAUUAUCCUUGCCAACGAUCCGGAUGCUGAUAGGUUGGCAGUAGCCGAACAACAAUCAGAUGGAACUUGGAAGAUCUUGAGCGGCAACGAAAUCGGUGCCUUACUUGGCUGGUGGUCUUAUUACACUUUUAAGCAAAGUGAUCAUAGCAAAACCUUUCAAGAUUCCAAUGUAUACAUGUUGUCUAGCACCGUCUCAUCCACUAUAUUAGGUGCUAUUGCAUUAGUUGAAGGCAUUAACUUUGAGGACACAUUAACAGGAUUUAAAUGGAUGGGAAAUCGAAGUGAUCAACUUAUGCAGGACGGGAAAAGGGUUUUAUUUGCCUUUGAGGAAGCUAUUGGAUUUAUGUGUGAUACAUUUGUUUUGGAUAAAGACGGAGUGCAUGCAGCUGCUGUAGUAGGUGAUAUGGCUAGAUACUUGGCAGAUAAUGGAUUGACUAUCAACGAUCAACUAGAAAGAAUUUGGGAAAGAUAUGGACGCCAUGUUGCUGUUACUAGUUAUUUCUUAUGCUAUUCACAACCGACAAUCGAAAAAAUUUUUUCGCGCUUGCGAAAUUACGAUGGAGACAACAAGUAUCCAGCUGCCUGUGGCUCGUUUAAAAUUAAAUAUGUAAGAGAUUUAACGACUGGAUAUGACAGUAGUCAACCUGACCUCAAAGCGUUACUACCUUCUAGCGCAUCAUCACAAAUGAUUACAUUCUCAUUUGAGAAUGGCUGUAUCGCAACACUUAGAACUAGUGGCACGGAACCAAAGCUAAAAUAUUACGUUGAAUUGAAAUCACAACCAGGCGUCAAGUUAGUUAUUAUUACAAGAUUUAAUUUAUUUUCAAAAAGUGUAACGGAUAUUAUAUCAGCUCUAGUAGACAACUUUUUGCAACCGGAACUAAACGGUCUCAUUGCUAGAGAGUAA